AGGGAUUGAGCUACCGGCUCUCAAGGGGGGAAUCCGAGGAAGGAGAGGAGAAGAAUGAUUACAAUCACAGAGCCUCCCUUUCACUUGGACUCGUAAUGAUCUCAUAGUCUGUGCACUCAAACAACAAACAACAUCCCAUCGGCGAGCGAACACGACUCGAGCAGAGCUUCCCCGGGAUAUCGAACUCGAGAAAGCGAUCCCAUUGCAUACUAUACUGCAGUCCAAUACGGAGGCAAGAUGUCCGUAUCAGCUUAUCUCGCAGCUUUCGGCAAGGCAUCGCCAGCGACGUACGCCCUCGGCACCGGACUCCUCGUCACAUCAUCACUCUUCUUUGGGAAUAUCGGGCUGUCUCUCACUGGGCCUCUUCCCAUCAUCAGAGAUCAACUUGGCGCGUGCACUCUGAGCUCCAAGCAGAAGAUCAAAGUAUGGAGGCUCUUCUUCGACGAAGCCUCUAGAUACAUCAUCGGCGGCACCGGCGUGACAGCGACGCUUCACCUGGCCGCCUUCGUACUGGGCGAAUCGCCCGUAUCCCGCAGGCUCGCCGUCAUGUCGGCGCUCUGCAGCAUCUGCAUCCUGCCGUACACGCUCAUCGCCAUCAUGCCCACCAACAAUAGUCUCAUCGCACUGGACGACAAGGUGGCUUUAUCGGAGCUGGACAGGAAAAAGGUCGGGUGGCUGAUUGAGAAGUGGGAUCGGCUGCACAAGAUCCGCUUCCUGAUGUACGGGUGUGCGUGGUCUUUGAAUCUUGCUGCGUUUACAUCUUCUUUGUGAGCUGGUGCUUUGGGAGGAGUGAUGAGAUGCUAAGGGGUAUUUGGCCGAUCGCGGCAUUUCCUUUGUCCUCAUUUUUCGGGUUGGUUAUUGGUUUGAUGACUAGCGAUAGCUCAGCCUAAUGUUCCAGAUGUAAUGUUAAAUUGGAUAUGAGUAGACACGAUGAAACUGAUAAUCACUCUCUGACCAGGGCGAGCCAUAUCGCCCGCAAGAUCAGAGUGAGGCUGAAAUAUCGGCUAUGACUUGCA